GGAUCUACUAACCCUAACGUGGCAAAACCAUAGUGAAAUUAUCCAUAAUUACAGCGGUCGUGUUUAUUAUUUACUGCGGAGGGUUUAAAUCAAGGAGAGAGAACAUAAAAAUACCAAACUUUCCAUUAUCCAUUUUUCAAUAGCCACCUUUCUUCUUCUUCUUCUUCUUCUUCGGGGAAUCUGUUCUAGGGCUUCACUUUAACUGAGGUCAGUCAUCAUGUACAGAACCGCAGCCUCACGCCUCAGGUCUCUCAGGGGCCGUGUGAGCAAUUUGGGGGCCACCAGGUAUGCAACUUCGAGUGCAGUUGCCUCUAGGCCAUCGUCAGCAGGUUUUUUUAACUGGUUGACAGGGGAACGUUCAAGUUCUCUUCCUCCAUUGGAAAUCCCACUUGCAGGCGUUGUCCUCCCUCCUCCACUGCCUGAUCAUGUUGAACCGAGCAAGACUAAGAUCACAACUCUUCCUAAUGGUGUCAAAAUAGCCUCAGAAACAUCACCAAACCCUGCAGCUUCCGUAGGUAUAUAUCUUGAUUGUGGUUCCAUAUAUGAAACACCAGUUUCGUGUGGGGCUUCACACUUACUGGAGCGAAUGGCCUUUAAGAGCACAACCAACAGGAGCCACUUGCGCAUUGUGAGAGAAGUUGAAGCAAUUGGUGGUAACAUAGGUGCCUCGGCCUCUAGGGAGCAAAUGGGAUACACUUUUGAUGCUCUGAAGACCUAUGUUCCUGAGAUGGUAGAAUUGCUUGUUGACAGUGUGAGAAAUCCUGCCUUCUUAGAUUGGGAAGUCAAUGAAGAGCUGCUAAAGGUGAAAGCAGAGAUUGGAGAACUCUCUAACAAUCCUCAAGGAUUACUUUUGGAAGCAGUUCAUUCAGCUGGUUAUGCAGGUGCAUUAGCAAAUCCUCUUCUGGCUCCAGAAACUGCACUGAACAGAUUGGAUGGCAGCAUUCUGGAGGAAUUUGUUGCUGAGAACUAUACCGCUCCUCGAAUGGUACUUGCGGCAUCUGGGGUUGAACAUGAGGAGCUCCUAUCUAUGGCAGAACCUCUUCUUUCUGACUUACCAAGCAUGCCACGUCUUGAAGAGCCAAAAUCAAAGUAUGUUGGAGGAGAUUAUCGUCGUCAAGCUGAUGCAGUGAGCACACAUGUUGCCCUUGCUUUUGAAGUUCCUGGUGGCUGGCGUCAAGAAAAGCAAGCUAUUCUUUUGACUGUUCUCCAGUUGCUUAUGGGAGGAGGUGGUUCGUUCUCCGCUGGAGGUCCUGGAAAGGGAAUGCACUCAAGACUAUAUCUCCGGGUCUUGAAUGAGUAUCAACAGAUUCAAUCCUUCUCAGCAUUCAACAGUAUAUUCAAUAAUUCUGGACUAUUUGGCAUUUAUGCUAGCACUGGAUCUGAAUUUGUCUCAAAAGCAGUUGAUAUUGCAGCACAAGAAUUAAUUGCAAUUGCAACACCUGGACAAGUUACUCAAGUACAGCUUAAUCGUGCCAAGGAGGCCACAAAAUCUGCAGUUUUAAUGAAUCUAGAAUCAAGAAUGAUUGCGUCCGAGGAUAUAGGUAGGCAGGUUUUGACAUAUGGAGAGAGGAAGCCUGUGGAACAUUUCCUAAAGACAGUAGAUGAAAUUACGUUGAAGGACAUUACUUCCAUCGCUCGGAAGAUUAUUUCUUCGCCUCUAACAAUGGCAUCAUGCGGGGAUGUUAUUAAUGUCCCCAGCUACGAAUCUGUUAGCAGCAAAUUCCAUGCAAAAUGAGUUUUGCCUUAGCAUUUGAAGCGCAAAAGGUGGCCCUAAAUUUUGGAUCAGAAGGCUGUUUGAAGCUGGCCUUUUUGACAAUGUUGAAAUAAAUUUUUGAUGAAAAGUCAUCCACAUUGCUUAUAACCGGGAUUGUCUUUUGUAUUUCUCUCAAAUCUUUCGCUUGAAAUUUGUUGAGCGGGUGUAUUUCAAAACAUUCAUGAUCAAAGGAAAAAUUUGCAUUGAUUUUACUUUAUUUUCUCA